AUGAGACCACUAUCGGACGAGGAGACGGAGGUUGUGCUCAAGAAAUUGACGCGUUAUAUUGGCGACAGUGUGCGAUUGUUAAUUGAUAGAGAUGAUGCCACUUAUUGCUUCAGAUUACAUAAGGAUCGAGUGUACUACUGCAGUGAACCGUUGAUGCGCAAAGCAGCUUGUAUUUCGCGAUCGCCACUGCUCAGUUUCGGGACGUGCUUGGGCAAAUUCACGAAAACUAGGAAGUUUCAUUUGCACAUCACUGCGCUCGAUUAUAUUGCUCCGUAUGCUAAGUGCAAAGUUUGGGUGAAGCCGAAUGCAGAGCAGCAGUUUUUGUACGGCAAUAACGUACUAAAAUCGGGGAUGAGUCGGAUGACUGAAGGUGCAGAAGCUCAUCAGGGAGUGAGUACCGCUGAAUGCCGCCGGGCGGAUCCAACAUCUAUCGUUGUUUUACAUCAGGCCGACCUCGGAGAAUACAUUCGUAGGGAGGCUGCACUUACUUGA